UACUGAUAGAUAGAUGCGUUCACACUCAGUCGUUCAGGAGCCGGCGAAGAGGUAUGGGAGGAAACGACAGGUGUGUCCCGUAAUGAUGAAGUGGAGUACACCUACACCUGGGGACAACGUUUUUCUUUUACCACUCGAGCCUAUCGCUCGAGUCUUUUUAGUUCGAUUGGUUAUGCACUUGAACACUUCUUCUUGGUGGCGUUACUAUCUACCUACUGUUGGACCAUAUAUGCUUGCCAUUUUCUGGCUUACUGGAUAGUCAGUUCUUGCUAUGAGGGCCUAUGACAGAUAAUGCCGAUCUUGGUAACGAUCCUGUCGUGUAAGAUGAGCUCCACUACCACAUAAACCACCGACUCCUCAGGAUCUACUUAUUACACACAGUGAGAUGUGGUAAAUGAUCAAGUGAUCUUCGUUAGUUGCAAACAGAUCUAAUUCCAAUUUUAAGCGAUUAAUUAAAUCAGGUUUAUGGACAUGAUUGUCUCCACAUUCGGAUUCGGUUUCAUUCUGCAUCAGUUUAACGGUUAAUCUGUGCAGGUUAAACGAAACCUGCUCAAGCGUAAAUCCAGCAGUUCCGGUAAUAAAAGCUUUAUAGCAUCUCGGAAUGUAAAUAAGUGGUGGCUCUCUUCUCUGGUAACAGAGAAAGUACUUUCUCUCUCUCUCUCUCUCUCUCUCUCUCUCCAUCUCUCGGUCUUUCUCUCUCUAUCGCGCGAGUUGGUAUUCGCGUCCUUCAUCAAUCAGCUGUUGUUAGGAUGUCCAUCGGUCCUGCGCAGUCGUGUCCGCUACGAUGGGAUCUUAACGCCCUAACACGCUUGUUACUUCUGGCAAAGGAGGGCAUGUACUGGAAUCCUUAUACCGUUUGACAGCUACGGAGUAGCCUUUUUUCUUCGCUCACCAAGCCCAAGUGGCCUCAGUUUUGGGGGAGAAAAAAAAUGUGGCAAAAUUCAGCACUUUCACCAACUCCGACCCAGCAGCAUGGAGUGAAGGAAUUGCGCAAGAAUUAGGCGUGCGUGCUACACCCCCCCUCUCGCCGCAGGCCAAACAGUGUGACAGGACAGGCAGUGUUGCAGCUUGUGUACCCCAACAGCAGCAGCAGCAGCAGGAUACAAGGGGGAAAAAUUGUGUUCUAGUAGGACCAGCAGCAUCAGGCCAGCACCACGAACGACCUCUCGCGAAAGGACAUCCACGGGGUGUGUGUGUGUGUGCGCGUGUGUGUGCGGUGGACGGAAAGUGCUAUGCAGUGAAAAAGGUCGGGCCUGUUAGGUCGUACGCCUGUAAAAAUGAAGUUAACACGAAUGCUGCCCGCGUCCUGUAUGCUGCUAAGCCUGAUGAUACCACAGGCCCUGCUCGCCCAGAAACCCACCGGCAGCGAAAGUCCUUCCUACUACAACAUCGGGGGUGUGCUGAGCAAUAACGAGAGUGAAUCACACUUCGGUACCGUGAUUGCGCAUCUGAACUUUGACCAACAGUAUGUUCCACGCGGUACCACCUACUACGAUAAGACGAUUCGGAUCGAUAAAAAUCCCAUCAAAACAGCGCUCAAUGUUUGUAAACACCUGAUAUCCCGAAGGGUGUAUGCGGUAGUGGUAUCGCACGAACCGACUGGCGAUCUGUCCCCAGCGGCCGUCAGCUACACUAGCGGAUUCUACCAAAUACCAGUGAUCGGGAUCUCGUCGCGUGAGGCCGCCUUCUCUGAUAAGAACAUUCACGUGUCGUUCCUACGUACGGUGCCUCCGUAUUACCACCAGGCGGACGUUUGGUUGGAAAUUUUGAGUCACUUCGGCUACACUAAGGUUAUCAUCAUACACAGCUCCGAUACGGAUGGGCGAGCCGUUUUGGGCCGCUUCCAGACGACAUCGCAGACAAACUAUGACGACAUCGAUGUACGGGCAACGGUUGAAUCGAUCGUCGAAUUUGAACCAAAAUUGGAUAGCUUUAGCUCCUAUCUUAUGGACAUGAAAACAGCACAAUCGCGUGUAUAUUUACUUUAUGCGAGCCAAGAAGAUGCGUAUGUAAUUUUCCGUGACGCUGCCAUCCACAAUAUGACCGAGUAUGGCCACAUUUGGAUUGUAACCGAGCAGGCACUCAGUGCAAACAACACUCCAACCGGUAUUAUUGGAUUGAAGCUAAAUAAUGCAGAAAAUGAAACAGAUCACAUAAAGGAUGCUAUAUACAUACUGGCAUCGGCAAUCAAGGAAAUGACGGUGAAUGAAACCAUUACAGAAGCACCGAAGGAUUGUGACGAUUCUGGAGCGAUCUGGGAAUCGGGCAAACGAUUGUUUGGGUAUUUGAAGACGAGAAAUAUCCGUGGCGAAACGGGACAGGUGGCGUUCGACGAUAACGGUGACCGUAUGUACGCGGAGUACGAUGUUAUCAACGUCCACGAGAACCAUUCGUUUGCAAAAGUCGGAAGCUUCCACUAUGAUUCGGAGAAGCGUAAGAUGCGUCUCAAGAUAAAUGACAGCAGCAUAACGUGGCCAGGAAAUACGGGUAAGAAGCCAGAAGGUAUUAUGAUACCAACGCACCUGAAGGUGCUGACGAUCGAGGAGAAACCGUUCGUGUACGCACGCAAGCUGCUCGACGACGAGAUAGACUGUGCGGAUGAUGAGGUGGUUUGUCCACAUUUCAAUAUUACUAAUGGCAAUGAACAAGAAUAUUGCUGCAAAGGAUAUUGUAUCGAUUUGCUGAAAGCUCUCGCGCAACGGAUCAAUUUCACCUACGAUUUGGCACUGUCUCCUGAUGGUCAGUUUGGCCAUUAUCAGCUGAAAAAUCAUACCACCGGAAUUGGAACCACCGUGAAGAAGGAAUGGAAUGGAUUGAUCGGGGAGCUCGUUGCAGAACGGGCCGAUCUGAUCGUCGCACCGCUUACGAUCAAUCCCGAGCGUGCGGAAUUUAUCGAGUUUUCCAAACCGUUCAAGUACCAGGGCAUUACGAUCCUGGAGAAGAAACCGUCCCGUUCCAGUACGCUCGUCUCUUUCCUGCAACCCUUCAGCAACACGCUCUGGAUAUUGGUGAUGGUCUCGGUGCAUGUGGUCGCGCUCGUUCUGUACCUGUUGGAUCGUUUUUCCCCGUUCGGACGGUUCAAGCUGUCGAGCAAUGAUGGAACGGAGGAGGACGCACUUAACCUCAGCUCCGCGAUAUGGUUCGCUUGGGGCGUUCUGUUGAACAGUGGUAUCGGUGAAGGCACACCAAGAAGCUUCUCGGCGCGUGUUCUAGGUAUGGUGUGGGCUGGUUUCGCCAUGAUUAUCGUCGCCUCAUAUACAGCUAACUUGGCCGCUUUCCUCGUGUUGGAGCGACCCAAAACCAAGCUGACCGGUAUCAACGAUGCGCGGUUGCGCAACACGAUGGAAAACCUUACCUGCGCUACCGUGAAGGGUUCCUCGGUGGAUAUGUACUUCCGGCGGCAGGUCGAGUUGUCCAACAUGUACCGUACGAUGGAGGCCAAUAAUUAUGAUACCGCCGAACAAGCGAUCCAGGAUGUGAAGGAUGGUAAAUUGAUGGCAUUUAUUUGGGAUUCAUCCCGGCUGGAGUAUGAAGCAUCGAAGGAUUGUGAGCUCGUCACGGCGGGAGAGCUUUUCGGUCGCAGCGGCUACGGAGUGGGGCUUCAGAAAGCGUCCCCUUGGACGGAUGCAGUAACAUUAGCAAUAUUAGACUUCCACGAGAGUGGUUUCAUGGAAUCGCUCGACAAGGAAUGGAUCUUCCACGGGAACGUGCAGCAGUGUGAACAAUUCGAGAAAACGCCAAACACUCUCGGGUUGAAGAAUAUGGCCGGUGUGUUCAUUCUGGUUGGUGCGGGUAUUGUCGGCGGCAUCGGGUUAAUUAUCAUCGAAGUGGUCUACAAAAAGCACCAAAUAAAGAAGCAGAAAAAGAUGGAGAUUGCACGCCAUGCGGCGGACAAGUGGCGUGGCACAAUCGAGAAACGAAAAACAUUACGUGCUUCCCUGGCCAUGCAACGGCAGUACAAUGUGGGUUUGAACUCGGUUUCGAAGUCGGUUUCGAGCCAGAAUGCGGAGAAAACGCGCUACCCGAUACUGCCGCCGCUUCCGCGCACACCGGAACGGGCAUGGCCAAAGGACAAGGAGUACAUCGUGAACCGGAAGAACAAUAGUGCCGGCAAACCUCCGCCGCGCUAUAUGCCCACUUACGCUACCGAUGUGUCUCAUUUGAUAGUUUAAAAACAAAUUAUCGGAGGGAAAUUUGAAAGGGUCGGAACCGUAUCCAUCCACCCCACCGGUCUCCAAAUUGCGCCUAAUGAUGAGUGUAGCCAAAACACUUUACUACCGUUAAGUAUCGUUGAAUGGGAAGGAAGGAAGAUAACCGAAGAAAACUCCAAUUCCGUGUGCGUGUUGUUCAAUACAGGUAAUUGUUUACAAUUCGUUAGAUAAGUAUACACUUUUAAACACUCUGCAAAAGCAAAAAAACAAAAAAACACAAACGAUUCUUCCGCCUGUAUUGAUGAAGGAUUCGCGCCUACGGUGCCGGCGGUAGUGUGUGUGUACAAUCAUUUUAUGGUUUCCAUGUUUCUUAACGCGUCUAAGCAUAGUUUUGUACACCCGUACCGUUGUCGUACACCCACUUACAGCCAAACGAGUGCAUUUGUAUCAGGUGCUAGUGAGUUAACUUUAAUGCAAAAAACAAACAAACAAACAAACAAAAAACUACUUGUUUCGUCUCCAAGAGGCAUUCGUUUAACAGCGCGCUCGAAUGUGUUAACCUUUAACUGCCACUUUGUUUCGUUGUUGUGUCGGGUUUGAGAUAUAUUUUUGUGAACCAAAGAAAGAAUUAAGGACGAACCGAUGGCGGUGCACCGUAUGUCCUGCAUAACAGUAGUUGAUAGCCUAAAGUCUCCCACAACAGUACUAGCCAAGGAAAAGAAAGUAAUUUUAUCACUGUUAGUUGUUAACAAAAGAUGGGACGACAAAACCAAACAAAACAAAAAAAGAAAUUAACCAAGCUCAGUCAUUUGCACAAGAAGUAAUGCCAAAAAAACCAGAACAGAGUAGCUAAACGUACAUUAAACUAAAGGAAUAGAUGAUAAAAGUCUAUGUUUAAAAUCGUAACAUUAACAUUUUAAAAUGCCAAAACCCUUACUAAAAAAAUGCAAUGAUGCUAAACAUUUGUUAACAUGUAUAAGAAGAUGUGGAAACUUAGAGUAACAGAAAAACCAGAUGGAGGCGGCAAACGAUAACAAAUAUACAGCCAGUCAUUAUAUUGAUUAUGUAUGAACAAACUGAGUAAUAAAAAGAAAAAAAAAAUAUUUGAAAUUCGAUA